AUGGAAACUGUUUGUCUCAAGUGUGGCGAUAGAGGCUUUCAAGUGGCAUUGGUCUUUUGCACCGGGUGUCAGGCUUAUGCGCUACAUAGGUACUGUUUAAAGGGGCCUGUGAUUUUUACUGGUGCUGUUACAUGGUUUUGUGAUGAUUGUGCAAAAAAGCUAGGGGUACCACCUUCUCUUGACCAAUCUAUACCUCUCUCAUCUAUGACAAAAAACUAUAAAAGUGUGGAAAACGAUGCAAUCCAGGGCACAGGAGAACCGGAGAAUUGCAAACAGAGAGUGAACAAAUGCAAUAAGCUGCAAAAAAAGAAGAUUAAAAAGAAACAUAAGAAAGGAAAAGUUAACUCUGCCUUCGUUGAUAAAACAAAGCGUGUGUUAUCCAGUUCACCUAAGCCUGAGCGUCCUCAAUGCUUUAUCAGCGUUGAAGAAUGUGAUGUAACAAACGAGUGUGGACUAGCUCCAAGGGAUGUAGCUAAUUCUGAUAUAGGUUUCCAACCUGUUCCAGUUUCUCAAGGUGCUACCAAUAAUGAUUCAAGUUGUGUAGAGUUACAUGGUUGUGCUUAUGCACAGCCUUUAAAUGAUCCAAUCUGGAGGGGAAGUAUAUACUUCUGCAAUGAAACUAUUGGCACUGUCAGUGGUCUUCUGGCUCAUAUGUCUGAUUUAGCAUGCUCCAAAGUUGUAGAGGAGACAGGACAUUUCCCAGAAGUGCUUCAUGCUGAAAUUCUUCCAAGAUCUAUUGUGUGGCCUGAAAGUUUCAAGACUAGGGAGCCAACUGAUCAUGACAUUGCUCUUUUUUUCUUUCCUGACAGUGAAGGAUCUGAGAAGGUCUUCGAUGCCCUGGUUGAUGAUGUCAUUUGCCAUGAAUAUGCCAUAAGAUUUGUGGCUAAAAAUUCAGAGCUUUUAAUUUUUCCUUCCACAGAGCUUCCAAUCUCUUAUUGGAGAUUUGAAGAUAAAUAUUAUUUGUGGGGUGUCUUCAGAAGAAAGCAAACUUCACAAUAG